AUGAUGCCUCUCUUUCCCUCUUUGCUCUCCUUUUCACCACCUCUCUGUCCUCUCCUGCUUCGGCCUUCAACCCUCGUGUCUCUUUUUCCCACCUCAAUGUCCUCUCUUCCUGCUGCUGCCUUCAACCCCCGUGUCUCCCUUUUCCCCACCUCGUCCAACCUCCUUCCUGCUUACCUCCCCUUACCCCCGUUCUCCCCUCCACGCACGCACGAGUGCAUGGAACAGGAGGGCGAGCAGGGCCGCAUGCCUGUCACUAUAAUGAGUCUGCUUGUACCGGAGCACAACGAGCCACAACAGCAGCAGGCAGAAGGGCAUGGGAGGAGGGCGGCAGUGAUUCUGCUACACAGCACGGGCAAGAGCAAGGAGGCGCUGCUGGAGCGGCAGAAGGAGCUGGCGAGUCUCAAUCUCAUCGCCAUCACAUGUGACCUGCGCUACCAUGGCGCUCGUGCCUCCUCUCCUGCUGCAUACUCCGAUGCAUUGGUCAGGGCGUGGAGGACAGGCCAAGAGAUGCCGUUCCUCUUCGAUCCGGUGUGGGAUGUGCUACGCCUGCUGGAUUAUCUCACAGCGGUCCACACUGACUCUAUCCACCCCUCUUGCAUUGGCAUCACGGGCGUCUCCCUUGGCGGCAUGGUGGCAUGGCUGGCUGCUUCAGCAGACCCUCGGAUAGCAGCGGCUGCUCCCAUGAUAGGCGUGCAGGUGGGUGGGGAGUGCCGCCACAGCACUCCUCCAGAUAGCAGCGGCUGCUCCCAUGAUAGGCGUGUAGGUGGGCGGGGAGGAGAGGCGUGUAGUUGGGUGGGAAGUGGGAGUGCAGGGGAGGGGAGUGGGGAGUACAGGGGAGUAGGGAGUGCAGGGGAGUGGGUAGUGCAGGGGAGUGGGGAGUGCAGGGGAGUGGGGAGUGCAGGGGAGUGGGGAGUGCAGGGGAGUGGGGGAGUGCAGGGGAGUGGGGAGUGCAGGGGAGUGGAGUGGGUGGAGAGAGGCAUUAACGCUUAG